AUGAAAGGACCGGCGGCGUUCUCCCAAUUCGGCGCACAGCGGCCGAAGGGCCGUCGAAGAUCGCCAUCCGCAAACUUGCGGGAGCAGAAAGGGAGGCGGCUCCCUUCGCCGGGAGGAUCAAGGGCAAACUUUGCCAGCCGCGUCGGGCGCCUCUGCCUGCCAGACCGACCCUCGGAGCGCACCGUCUCUCCGGGGCCACGACGAUCGUCCGCGUUCUCCCGCUCCCCACGCCUGGCCGCUUCCUUACCUGUUGGUGCCCCUUCACCGCUGCUCCGCCGGCGCGUCCUUGCGACAGGCCAUGCGGCUGCUGAUCCUCAUCUCCUCCUUCCCCUCUCCCGGCGUACUGAGCCCCGAGCGGACGGGCCGUCCGUCCGUCCCUCCGUUCGCCUCUCCGGAUCCGUCCGCCGCGAUGGGGAGGCGGCGGCAGCAGCAGCAGCAGCGGCGACGCCACGUGCCCGGGGCCCCUCGGCUCUAGCGCCAGGGGCCGGCUGGCAUCGCCCCUCCUCGUCCCUCCGGCAGGGCUGCCCGGCUUCUCUUGCUGCUGCUGCCUCCGCCGCCGGCGCCUCCGCUUCUUCUUCCACUUCCACGGCCGCCGCCGCCGCGGCGGCCACCGGCAGCUUGACGCGGGAGGCGUCCCGAGGCUGCUUCUCGAGACCAGCUUUCCUGCAGCUCACGCCGGAGGAACUUCUGCUGGCGGAUGAUCACACGGGCAGAGCCGUCCAGAGUCCCCGCGAGAGUCGCCGACGCCUGCCUUGGAGCACCGGCUAUGCCGAGGUGAGAAAUGCUGGUAAAAGCCAACAUAAUGAAGAUCAAGCUUGCUGUGAAGCAGUGUUUGUGGAAAGAAGACGUAGUGCAAGGAAUAACCCAACUGCCAAGGAAGCUCCUGGUGAUUCAGAAGGAGGCAGCAAAGGCCUGUACUUGUACUACUGGGGCUUGUUUGAUGGACAUGCUGGAAGCGGAGCUGCAAUCAUGGCAUCCAAGCUGCUUCACUUCCAUAUCCGAGACCAACUCCGGGACUUGGUGGACAUCUUACAAGACCCUUUGCCUCCUCCAACCUGCUUGCCAGAGAGUUCCAGAGCCAGUGUAACAGAACUAAACAGGGCGCCUCUGGCAGAGGAAAUUGCUGAGGUCCCAAACAGUGCACUGCCACGCUUCCAUAUGGAAAAGGUGGUUUCCAGCGAGAGUUUGGUAGUGGGAGCCAUUGAGAAUGCAUUCAAGGAAAUGGACAAUCAGAUUGAGCAGGAACGGGUGACUCGGCACACGCCAGGUGGCUGCUGUGCCCUAGCUGUCAUUUACCUCCUGGGAAAGUUCUAUGUGGCCAAUGCAGGUGACAGUAGGGCCAUUGUCAUCCGUAAUGGGGAAAUCAUUCCAAUGUCCAGGGAGUUUACUCCAGAGACAGAAAGGCAAAGGCUGCAGUUUUUAGGCUUUUUGAAACCUGAGUUACUGGGGAAUGAGUUUACUCACCUUGAAUUCCCUCGAAGGAUUCAGCAGAAGGAACUGGGAAAGAAGAUGCUAUACAGGGACCAAAACAUGAAUGGCUGGGCCUAUAAAAAGAUAGAAGAAGAUGAUCUGAAGUUUCCACUUGUGUAUGGAGAGGGUAAAAAGGCGAGAAUGAUGGCAACCAUUGGGGUGACUCGAGGCUUGGGAGACCAUGAUCUCAAGGUCUACAGCUCCAACAUCCACAUCAAACCUUUCUUGUCCUGCAUCCCAGAGGUCCGCAUUUAUGACCUCACACAGUAUGAGCACUGCCCUGAUGACGUGCUGGUGCUGGGUACAGAUGGCCUCUGGGACGUCACCACUGAUCAAGAGGUAGCCAGUGUAGUACUUGAUGUUUUGAUGUCCUAUGAGCCCAAUGACCCCUGCAGGUACACCAUGGUGGCCCAGGAGUUGGUGAUGAAGUCCAGAGGGGUAUUGAAAGACCGUGGCUGGAGGCUGGCCAAUGAUAAGUUGGGCUCUGGAGAUGAUAUAUCUGUUUUUGUUAUUCCCUUGGGUGGCCCAGGGAACUACACCUGAACCUUGAGUCUUGGGACACAUGGUUUAUAUCAGACUGUAAAAAAAGAAAUCUCGCAGUUCAACAGGAGGCUUUUGCUAGAACGUUUGUGCUGCCUGAGUCUUCUGAAGAGGAGUAGAAAAAUAUAGGACUGCAGCUUUGAGCCCUGCUUUCUUUCCACUUAAUCGUAUUGUGUCCAGGUUGGGACAUAAGACACUGUCAUGGGCUAUAUGCCUGUUAAAACCAAUGGACAAAAAACUAAGCUGUUCUUCUCAGGAAGUAUUCCUGUCAGCCUUGGAGACCCAUAGGAAAUCCCAUAUUCUAAGAGCUGUAUUACAUUUGGCCUUAUAGUCCCUUGGGAAGGGGUUGGUUAGGGCCUAUGUUUUUUCUUCUUCUCACAACUAUAUGGAAACAUCU